AUGGCCUCUAAGGGCGAGUCUGUAGACUAUGUAUACUAUGCUCCGAUCCCAUCCGACCCGACCCACACCCAAUCCCAGCAAACCAUCAUCCACGACGUGUUUUACUUGCUUGAAGCUUUGGCUAGGGGUGUAAUACCCUUUGAUACUGAUACGGAGGUGGAAGGGACUUUGGGGCUCUCUUUCUUCAAAAUUCCUAUCAAGCCCACCGUAGUCGUGGCUGUAGUUCCGCCCUUGCAUAUAGGUUAUAGGAGAGAGUGA